AUGGUCAGUGUUUCCAAAUCCAAAUUGGGAUUCAAUAAAGCCAUUAUUUCAACGGUUGACAAUUUGAUCCAAACAGAUGAACUUUUGAACCGUCUGAUAGCUCUUCAUCAAGAGCUCUCGAUUUUAGAACAAGGCAAAGUUGAUUUAUCGACCUUGGAUAGAUAUCGCAAUGAUUUGAAUAAUCGGAAGCUUCUGAAGCAUAAGGACAACGGUGUUAAGGCUUUUGUUGCCUGUUGCUUAAGCGAUAUAUUACGGCUUUACGCGCCUGAUGCACCUUAUACAGAGUCGCAACUCGUUGAGAUCUUCAGGCUCAUACUUUCUCAGUUCGAACUGUUGGGGAAUCCGGAUAAUGGAUACUACAUUCAGCAGACAUAUCUGAUAACGAGGAUGUUAGAAUAUAGAUCCAUCGUUUUAGUGACAGAUCUGCCUAAUUCUGAUAAGCUGCUUGAGGAUCUGUUCAAGAUUUUCUACGACGAUAGUAGGGCUUUUCAACCGAAACUGUUUAAAGUGAUAGCAGGCAUAUUAGGCGAAGUCAUUUCCGAGUUCGACACAGUGCCUACACCAGUUUUGAAGUUGAUAUUCAAUAAAUUUUUAACGCACAAUCCAGAAGAUGUUCCAGACGGCUUGGAAGUUGCGCCAAAUUGCGGUUAUAAUGUCAGUCUCAUUCUGUGCGAUGCCUACUCCAGUCGGAUGAGCAGGCAUCUGACCAAGUAUUAUUCUGAAGUGCUAUACCACGUCACCAACGAAGAAAGUAAUAACGCCUACGAGAUCAGAUGGAGCGCGAGCCGAACCAUCGAGAAGUUGCAUAAACUGGUCUUCAGACUAUGGCAGACAUCACCGGACCUUACAUCUGCUGUCAUCGGUUUUGUCUACCAUGAGCUGUCAGCUGACAAUGAAAUGAUGAGGAAGCAGGCGACAAAGCUUGUGGGGCAAUUGCUCACUGUAACCUCUUCUCUAAAUUUCGCAGUAACACAUCGCGAAUCGUACAAUGCAUGGCUUUCCAAGAUCGCUGACGUGAGCGCCGAUGUCAGACUACAAUGGACGUGCUCGCUGUCUGCAAUACUAGCGACACGAGAUGAUAUUGCUCCAGAUUUAAACAAAGGGCUAACAAAAACACUCAUCGAUUCUGAGUAUAGCGUUCGCAAAGCUUCGGUGGCUGUAAUUAGUGAGCUUUCCAUAGCAAACGUUUGGAAAACCAUUAUAGACCCUACCGUUUACGAAUGUCUGCUACCGUUGACAAGAGAAAAAAACAGAGAAGUAAGGGAGUUGUGCAUUUCCACCGUUGCUGACCUAUAUUCAGAUUCAGUUGAGACAAUUGAAAGAACUGCCGAGAAUGUCAGGAUAUGGGAAAUAAUAGAUACGAUCCCCUCUGUUCUGUUCAACCUAUAUUAUAUCAAUGAUCGGCAUAUAAGUGAGCAAGUCGAUCGGGUUCUUUUCAAAUCCCUGCUUCCUCUGGAGGCCGACGACCGAAAAAGAGUUCAGCGGCUGCUUAAGGUGGUCGCACACCUGGACGGAAAGGCACUUACAUCUUUCUUUGCUUUUAACAAGAGACAAAUGCAAAUAGCUUUAGCUCUCUCCAAGCUUGUCGACUUCUGUGCUCUACCGAAUGACAAUGAGUCCAAAUUACAGAAAACUAUUGCAUGGUUAGCUUCAGGGUUUUCGGAUCGGCUGAAGGCCUCCGCCGCGCUAGAGGCCCUCAAGGAGAUCAAUGACAAGAGGAUAUUUUAUCUGAUCAAAUCAUGCAUAACCAAUGACGUGUCUUUUGUGACCCUCAAAAAUAGUAUGGAUGAACUCUUGGUAAAGAUACGUGAUCCAGGGCUAUUCAGAAAGAAUAAUGUUCGCUCUAUGUCCACUAUAAUGCCGAAAGACAUCGCGACACAAGUUGAGAUUCUUCUUUACAGGUCAGCACCAAUCAUCUACAACUUCUCCAGUAUCCCAAUUCUUUUAGACACUGGGGCAUCUACAGGACAAGAUGAUCUCGUUUGGAAAAGGAAAUUACUUGAUGAGAUAUCUAAGGUAAACCCAGCUUUAUUUAAGGAUCAUGUCAAGACCUUGAAGAAUAUUGUCGAGAACGAGCAUUAUCUCGCAUCGGGACAAGAGUCGCUUACAUUGAGCGAGGCUUUGAAGACUGUCUACAAAAUUUCCAAAACGCUUUCGGAUCAAGUCAACCUCGAGGAUACUACUUUCUUCUGCAAAUUGAAGACGCUUGCUUUAGAAGGUGAUCCGAUUACAUCGAAGUAUGCUGUCAAACUGAUAGCCCUCUCUCCUUUCGCUCAGGAGAAAUUCAGAGAGAUCAAGUCCGAUAUUUUGCCAUUAGACAAGAAACAUAACAGAUUUGCAUCGCACAUUUUGGUCCUAGCGGAAAUUUACAAAUUCUGUCCUCAUGUGCUUGAUAAAGACUCGACUGAAAUUGUGAGCUUUCUGAUCCAAGAAGUGCUGCUGGCUAAUCAGGUGGUAGGUGAUUCAAAUGAAGAGGACAAGUGGAUUGAGGACGCGGACUUAACCACAAGCAAAUACUUGCCCUUGAGCGCCAAGUUAUACGCACUGAAAUUAUUUACAAGCAAACUGAAGUCAAUCUCGUCUGAAGGUUUCACAGAUGAAUUGACAGCAGCUUUUACGGAGAAGACAGUAAAGCUGUUUUUCUAUUUGAUUGCCAGCGGUGGAGAGCUUAUUCCUGAGUCGAACGAAGAAAACUAUCCAACUCCAAGUAACUAUCAGACGAAGUUACGGAGUUAUGCAGGUCUUCAAGCACUCAAAUUGUCAUGCAUUCCCUUUUUUAAUGACUUCAUCAAACCAGCGAAUAUCACAACCCUCAUAAAUUUAGUUGAGGAUGAGUCUCUGCCGGUAAGAAAAGAGUUCUUAGAUUCUCUGAAAAACUGCAUCUCGAGACAAGCAAUCUCCAUUAAAUUUCUUCCUUUGGUUUUCUUCACAGCCUAUGAGCCCAACGAGGACUUAAAAACUAGUACGAAAACAUGGGUUAAUUAUACCUUUGGCAAAGAAUCGUUCAGAAAAAACACAACAUUUGAAAGAGCUCUUCCAAGACUGAUUAGCGCUAUUGCACAUCAUCCUGACAUUGUUGAGGGUUUCGACUCCGAAGAUGAGUCUUAUUUGGAGGGGCUGACUAUAGUCAUUGAUUAUCUUGUGUUUUACUUCGAUUCCAUUGCGAUUCAAGAAAACUUCAGUAUGCUAUAUUACCUAUCUGAAAGAGUGAAGAACUAUAAGGAUGUGAUUGCCGAGGAAAAUGAUAGUGAGGCCGCAAACCAAAGUAAAAACUCCACGAUCUCCUCAACUAGAAUCUAUAUCAUUGGUGAAAUAGCUCAAAUGAUUUUACUCGCUAUCAAAGAUAGAAAAGGAUGGCAGCAUUCUGCGUAUCCAGGUAAGCUCAACCUACCAGCCGAUCUAUUCGCACCCUUUGGAACCAUCGAAGAAGCACAAGCAUCAUUCAAAACCUACCUUCCCGAGAAGUAUACCGAGCGACUGCAAAUGAAUAUAAAGGCUAAGGUGGCACGUCUUCUGCAUACUUCCCAGACUCAAAAACAGAAAUUGCAGAAGAGGAUGUUGAAUAAUGAAUACCAAGAAGUGGCCAAGAAGAAGAAGAAACAAAAAAGACAUGCUGUGAGCAAUCGUGCAAUUGAUGAGGAUAGUGAUUCGGAGGCCAACCAGGCUUUUACCGUCGCAGGAAAGGAUAAUAAUGGUACCGUUUCUCCCCUCUCGAAGAAGAGCCUAAGAACUAGGAAAAAGGUCGACUACAGGGAUGAUGACAAUAGCGAAUCUGAAAAUGAACUUGAUUGA